AUGCGGCAGAGCGGGGCGCCGUGGCUGGUUCUGGUAGUCGUCCGGAGCGGGGGUGGAGCAGGCGGGCGGCUGGCGGACGCGGCGUGCGCGGCCGGGCUGGAGGCAGCCAAGGUGGAGGGGGCCGGGCCGGAUGCUGGGCGUGAGUUUGUGCUCCUGGCGCCACCAGCAGACGGCGCAGCACAGGCGGAAGUCCUGGUCCGCGAGGCGAGGGUGCUGGCGCUUGAUCUGGACGUGCCAGGGGCAGAGGUGCUGGACGCAAGAGGCGGCCGCGCGCGGGAGUUGAUGCUGAUGCUGAGGGCAGUGGGCGAGCUGCCGGUCAUGGCCGAGCUGCGGGCCGGGCAAGCCGUCGAGGAUGUGGUACCGCUCCACGAUGGCGAGCGGCCGCAGCCAGUGGCUGUUCUCGAUGAUGACGCGCUGGACGACAUCCGCGAGUACUACGGUGAGGCGCUUGGUUUCUACUUUGGCUGGCUUGGGCAUCUCAAUGCGUGGCUGGUGCCGCUGGCGUGCCUCGGCUUGGCAGCAUGGCUCUGCGAUCCAGAGCCGUCGAUCCACCACUCGCGGGUCGCGCCUCUGUUUGCGUUUGUAGCCAUGGCAUGGGGUGUGGCGUUUGUGUCCGGCUGGGGCGUCCGGGCCGGCGAUCUGGCUCUGCGGUGGCAGACCCUGUUCCACGUCCCGCGGUCACGCGUCUCGCCGACUUUCAUGGGACAGCUGCGGACGUCGCCCGUAACUGGCGAGCAGGAGCUCUACUUUUCGCCGAUGCGCAGAUUACGGCGACAGACUGUGUCGCUGGUUGUCACCCUUGCCCUUCUGUGUGCUGCGGUGGCGACAAUGGUGUGCUCGCUCAAUCUGCAGGGCUACGUGGUCGACGCCGAAUCGUGGGCGUAUGUGCCAUGGCUUGCUCGGUUUGCGGCGCCCGGUCGCCUGCUUGAUCCUGAAGGCUGGCUGUUCUUUGUCCCUGUUGUCGCCCACUCACUGGUCAUCUCGUGGCUCAACAGCGUGUACCGGCGAGUGGCUGGGAGGCUGACCGAGUACGAGAACUACGCCACCGAGGGCGAAGCUGCCAACGCGCUGGUGCUCAAGCGCGUGUUCUUUGAGCUCGCCGACGCCUUUCUCCCGCUUGCCUACAUCGCCUUUGUCCGCUUUGAUCUCGGAGUUCUGCAAGCCGAGCUUGUGGCGCUGUACCUCUCGGACGAGGCGCGGCGAGUCAUCGUAGAGUCCGUUGUCCCCGUGAUGUCGACGCGGGUGAGCGAGUGGUGGCUUGGCAUCGACGACGAUGUCGACGACGACGGCGUGGUGGCUCUCGAGGAGAAACUUGUGGCGCAGUGGCGACUUCCUGUCCACGACGUGUUUGACGACUAUCUGGAGAUGGUGUUGCAGUACGCGUACGUGCUGUUGUUUGCGACCGCGUUUCCAGCCGCAGGCGCGGUGGCGCUGGCGUCCAACCUAGUCGAGGGUGCAUCAGACAUAUGGAAGCUAGCUCACGCCUACCGGCGGCCUGCCCCACAACUUGCCAGCGGCAUCGGUGCGUGGAGCAAGGUGGUGGCGAGCAUGGCGUGGCUGGCCAUCCCGGUCAACUCACUCCUGAUCUGCUUUUUGUCGUCGCAGAUUGCGGCGCUCUUUUCGAUGCUCUUCCACGUCGAAGAGGGAGUGCUGCGGGAGCAGUACACGUCUGGACGGCUACUCAUGCUGCAUCUUCUGCUGGUGGAGCAUCUCGCGCUCUUGAUGGGGCUUGUCCUUUGGUGGCUCCUCCCACGGACGUCUACAGCUGUCGCCGUCGCGCGCGACCGCCGCGAGUGGCUCCAAGAGUGUGCAGUCCGCAAACUCCGGGCGCAGCAUUGCGAUGUCGCCAAUAGCAGAAGCAGCGAUGACAUACGAGGUGCUGCGCUGGAGCCUGCGGUGCCCCCGGUCCGGCUCCCACGGCAGGAAGCCGCCCAGGUCCAGACCCACACCCGCAGGGUGGUUCUUGGCUCCCGGCGGCUCGCGGUAGUGACCAAGACCAAGAGCCCGGCGGGUAAAGUGGCCGCGCCUAGCAACUUGGCGCCGCCCGCUCGUUCCGCCGCACAGUCUCCGCCAGCGGCAGGCGGCCGCUCAAGCCCCAGCUCCGCACAGGUCGGAAGUACACCCCGGCAGCGAAGAGCUUCGCUAGGACAACAACGGCUGUUCCAGGUUGGCGCGCUGGUGGAGGCUGAGACCGUGCGGGAAGCCGCCAAGGCGGCAGCGGCCGAGGUGGGCGCGCUGGCCGCUAAGGCGCUGGCCGCCAUCGACGCGGUGGCUGACGCUGGUCUUGCUGCUGCUGACGCCUCGUGCGAUGGCGACGCGUUUCGUUGUGCGCUCGACGGCGCGCUGUGCGGCGCACCCGAUGUCGCUGACUUGCUGGCUGCGGGUGGAUUUGCGGUGGAGGGAGAGGACGAUGAGGUCGAGAGGGCGGAAGCGCAGGCCCGCCUUGCGCAGCUGGCCGACGAGCUGGAUGCACGGGCGCAGGAUGCGAUGAAAUUGUAUGCACCGAUGCUGGGGCUUCUUGCGCCGUUGGCACGCGAUGUGCUUGAACUUGUGCGUGCCCUGGGGCGCAGAUGCAAUGCAGCUGUGAUGAACAGCGCCGCAGGCUCGCUGCGGCAAGUGGUGGACGGACUGGAUCGGUUUGCCAUGCUGAAACGGCUGAGCGAGUCGGACGUGGCCGAGGCAGUGAUGUCGGCCGAAGCGGUGGCGGGCGCUUGCGACGGGUUCGAGGCCAAGCGGCGUGGCUCGGACUGGGUCCCGGAGCUGAUUGGCGAGGAGGCGAAGCUGUACCGCGGCGUAGACCAGGUGCUGGAGGUGUGUGCCGCGCUCGGCGGCGAGGUGGCCAAGUACCAGAAUGACCUACAAGCGGCCAAGGAAGCUCUUUCGCUUGCGAUGAUGGAGGCAAGCGAUGCAGGCUCGGAGCGGGAGCAAUGCGUAGAGCAGGCGUUUUCGCUGCGGCGAAUGGCCAACGCGCUGGAGGCGCAGCCGCCGCAGACGCUUGUUGACGUUCUCGAUGCCGAACUUGUGCGCAAUGACGCCGCAAGAGCUGUCGGCGCCCAAGCGCUGCGGUCGCUGCAGGACGAGGCGCGGCUGAUCGUGGCGCAGCUUGCCGAGCAGCAGGCGUCGAUGUGGGAGCUGGCGAAGAAGCGGGCGUUGUUGGAGCGGGCCAAGGCAAGCGCAGCGCGGCGAAGCGACGAGCUGAAGACUGCUGUUGCGACGGCGUUGGCCAAAGCCCAAGACACCGAGGCAAGGCUGAAUGCGCGUCUGGCGGUGGCCAGCGCGCUGGCGGAAGCGGCGCCUAAGGUCAAGCGAUUGGCGGCGGAUGUUGUUGCAGAGACGGAGGCUGUCGGGGCGGAGCAGGCGCGGGCGCUGACGCGUGCGCAGCUGGCGCUUCUUGUCCGCAAGUACCACAAGACAGCACUGGCGGUGUUUGCGUCCAACGCACGAAUCGAGCUGCGCCUGCAAGAGCGCGAGGCGCUCCUGCUGCACAAGCAGCGAGCCAACGCGGCGCAAGAUGCCGAAGCGGUAGCCGACGCAAGUGUCGGACUCGGGCAUAUCGACGACCGGGUAGCGCAUGAGACCGAGUGCAAGGCAGCGCUCGAGAUGGAGCUCGACGCUGUGGCGCGGGCGUGGGCACGCGCCUAUCGCGAGCUAGAGGGUCUUGCGCCGGAGCAUGCCUCCAGCGCAUGUGCGGAAGAGAGAGCGGCGUGGGAAGAGGCGAUUGGACGGCUGCAGGCGAUUGAGAACGAGUAUCUCCACAAGAGUUUCUUGUCGGAUAUGCUUGAUGCCUCGUUGCGGCUGCAAAGUUUCUCGAUGACGCCUUGAGAGAGAGAGUGUGUGUGUGCGCAUUGAAGUCCGCCUCCAUGUG